AAAUACCAGCUCAUCUUAUUUCUCAUUUCACAGCUCUUCUCAAAAAUAUAAAAACUUAGUUCAUAUAUAUUCCUUCCUUGCAUAUAUAUAGCUAAUCAUGGCUUUCUCUAAGUUUCUAGCUGCUUCCCUUCUUGCAUCACUCCUCCUUCUUCAUCUUGUUGAUGCAACAGAUCAAUCAGCGCAGGCAUAUUCACAGGGUUCUCUUCUUCGGAAAAUAGAUUGCAAUGGAGCAUGCGUUGCAAGGUGUCGUUUAUCAUCGCGACCAAAAUUGUGCCAUAGAGCUUGCGGGACUUGUUGCAGAAGAUGUAACUGUGUGCCACCUGGCACUGCUGGCAACCAAGAAAAGUGUCCUUGUUAUGCCAGCCAGACUACCCGUGGUGGCAAACCCAAGUGCCCUUAGAAACAAAAACUACCUUAAUUGGAAUUUGGACUUCCACAUCGACCAUAAAUAUCCAAACCGUUACCAUGCAUGCAUGACAAUAAAUAAAUAUUCCUUGGUCAUUGUCAAAACAAAACAAAAAAUCCUUUGGUUCCCAAGUGCCCUUUCAAUACCCGUUGAAUUAUCGAAUGUGAAUUUAAAAAGUUAAUAAUCUUAUUUGUGUGAUCUCUUUCAAUUGUUGUCUGUUGUAUUUACUUUAUUUUUGUACCACCUAUCAUUUGUAUUAACGAGAAAUUAUUGUUUGACGUUGUUA